GUUUAGAAUUAAUUUAGAUGGUGAAGUUGAUUUUAGUGAAUGCAGAAGAUUGGCUGUACGAAUAUUUAAUAAAGCUGGUUUAUCAACAAUAAUAUCGUCGGAUAUUAAAAACUGUUCAUCUGUAGAUCCGGUAUUAAUUAUACCGGCUAUUAUUAUAGAUGCUAUAGGACAGCCAUUAAAUAACGAUCCCAACACAAAUGAACUAGGAACAUCAAUUUCUCUGGAUCAGAACGCAGUCUGGUCUAAACCAGAUGUGGACUAUACACCUUAUAAAAAUAUUAUAUCAGCUGUAUGGCCCACAUUAAGACAUAGAAACUAUACUUGGGGUUUACUGGAAGACCCAGCAUUCUCUACUCUAACACAUUUUACUCAACCGAAGAUGAUGAUAAGAGAUCCUUGUUCACAUCCAGAUGUUAUAAAGUGUGGACAAACCGAAAACGAAUACAUCAAUGUAUUAACUCAAAAUACUUUAAAACACGGAAGGCGGUAUUAUAUCUGUAUCCAUGCUGAUGCUGUUGUUGCUGGUCAUGAAAAAUGGACGGAAGAUUUGGAAGAAGUAAACGCAUGUAGUGAUGGUGUAACUGUUGAUUUGACUCCACCAAAUGGUGGUCGGGUGUGGGUGGAGAACUUGAAAGAUAUUAAAUAUCAGUCAUCCGACAGUGAUGUAGCUGUCUACUGGGAUAGUUUUCUUGACGUAGAAGAAAAUGGUGGAAAAACUGUUCAUCCAAGUGGAAUAUCAAAAUAUCAUUUAUAUAUCGGUUCUAUAGAGGGAGGUGAAGAUAUUGUAACUAAACAUAAUGUUGGUUUGAUAAAUCAUAAAAUAUUACACCAUCUUUCUUUACAAAAUGGCCACACUUAUUACGUCACUAUAGAAGCAAUUGAUUUUGUAAACAGGACAAAAACCGUUUCAUCUGAAGGUUUCAUAAUUGAUAAUAGUCCACCAGAAACUACAUCUAAACCUAUACAAUUUACUAAUACAUAUAUACAGUCAAAUGAUGUAUUGUCUGCGUGUUGGAGUGGAUCAUUUAAAGACACCGAAAGUGGUAUAAGUCAGUAUCGGUGGGCAAUAGGUACUAGACCAGGUCAUGAAAACAUUAGGGCUUAUAUGAUAACCGAUAAUGAUUGUGAUGAAGCGAACCUAGAACACAAAUUGCAAGAUGGACACGUUUAUUACGUCACAGUUCAGGCCAUUAAUGGUGCAGGGUUAUCUACUACAUUAAUAUCUCAUCCAGUGACAGUAGACACAACUCCUCCUACCACAGGACAUGUGAUCGAUAUUCUUAAUACAAACUAUACCGGAGAUGACGUAGAUUAUAUAACUAAACAAUCACUACUUUCUGUUAGAUGGCAAGGAUUCCACGAUCCCCAUUCAUCCAUGCAAUACUAUACUGUUAAAGUUGGUACCUGUGAUGAUUGUGAUGACAUAAUUCCAGAAAUCAAAACAGGAAUAUCUACACAUUUUACUUUUCCACCGUCCAAAUUUACUCCUGGAACAAAAUAUAUCACCAUGGUAACAGGGUGCAAUAUGGCUGACAUGUGUACGUCGGCCAUUUCUGACGGGGUAAUAAUUGACGUGACACCACCGGACGUGGGACGAGUUUUAGAUGGAACGAAAGAUUUAGAUGUAGAAUUCCAAGCAACCAGAAACUUUGUUGGUGCCAAAUGGCAUGGGUUUAAAGAUGCACAAUCUGGUAUAGCGAGAUAUGAAUGGAGAGUAGGAACAACCAUUGGAGGCGAAGAGUUACUUAGCCCUCAAGAUUUACCAGUGGUCGAACUGGCCUAUAGAUCUAAUUUACCUGAUAAUAAGCUAUUGCCUAUUGAUACUAGAAUUUAUAUUACUGUUAGAUGUUACAAUAAAGCAGGUUUAUACAGCGAAGUUACAUCAAAUGGUUUUAAGAUCGAUACAACAUUACCAGUAGUAGUACAAAGGGCAGUUCCCGUCUCAUCGUUUAGUUCUAUUUUACCUUCAACUACCAUAUCAAAAUCUAGUAUUAAAAUUGAAUGGAAGUUUACUGAUGAUGAAUCAGAUAUAGAAAGACAAUACAUUUCUAUUUCACCUCAUUUAUUGGGAGAUUUUAAUUCUUCAGCUAUGGAGAUUCCUAGUGUGGUAACAGAGUUCACAUUUUCUGGUCUAGCUCUACACGAUGGGAGUAAAUAUAAAGUUAAAGUGAUUGGUUGUAAUUUAGCUGGUUUGUGUCUGUCGAGUGUUACAGAUGAUAUAACAGUUGAUUCUACACCACCUACCAGAGGUAUGUUUGCCAUUGAUACUGACCACGCCGCUAACUUAAACAGAGAUAGGAAUAACUGGAACCACUGGUCUACUACGUCUAUUAAGUUAGAAUGGUUGGGAUUUGCUGAUCUACACACUGGUAUAACCGAGUAUAAAGUCAGUGUUGGAAGCAAACCUUUCUUUACAGAUCUCAACGAGGCAAGUAUCUCUAAUUACGGUAAUAUGUGGUAUUCUUGA